AUGGCGGGGAAGAAACAACUUUCCAAUCCCAAGGCCAAAGGCUCAGACCGGGCCCAGACCGCACCUCCCAACUGGCCACCGUUCAAACCACUCCUUCCAGCCUCCGAUAUUGUUCUCGAAACAGUGGUAGACUCACAGAUUGUAGUGGCGCGGAAUUUCUGGACCAAAACCUUGUGCAGUAGCUAUGUGUCGUUCUUAAGCAGCUUGCCACUGACUACGACGCCUGGGAAACCGAAGAAAGGCGAGGCCUUGCGGGUAAAUGAUCGGUUCCAGAUCAAUGACGAGGCCUUUGCAAAUAGGUUGUGGGUUGAGACUGGUCUGAGGGAGUUGGUCUGUGGGAAUGAUGGUGAGGAUGAGGAGAGUGGAGAUGGGGAGACUAUGAGUAAGGAAGAGAGGAGGGAGUUAUGGGGAGGAGAGCCCGUGGGAUUAAAUCCUUCGAUUCGGAUUUACAGGUAUACGAAAGGCCAAUAUUUUGAUUGUCAUUAUGACGAAUCCAAUGUUUUGACCCUCAACACGAAGCCCAGUCCAACACCGGCGAAAACAACAUGGACUCUUCUACUUUACCUCACCUCCCCGGCGACAGGUUGCCAAGGUGGCGAGACGGUAUUUUAUCCAGAUGACCUUCCAGGCAAGGCAAAUGUGCUCAAUAAGGAAAUCGUCGUCGGCCUAGAGACUGGAAUGGUGCUAUUACACAAGCACGGAAAUGAUUGCAUGUUGCACGAAGGCAGAGAGGUUACGGAGGGCGAGAAGUGGGUUAUUCGGUCAGAUCUAUGCGUGAGGAGAGAGAAGUCAAAAUUCGGAGGAUUUUAA